AGACAGAACACAGAAAAAAAGACAAGAAGAGAAUUCAAUUAGAUAGGUUUUGUAAUUUUUCCCGGCGAAAAUGGAGAAACCUGAAAACCACGCAACGGAAUCUGAAACUAAUGCUCACAAACCCGACGAUGAAUCGGAACAACAAUCGCAUAAUCCUACGGAGACGCCUGAAUCAGAAUCAUCAUCUUCCGAGCUCAGCCUCACCCAGGCUAUGGAAGCGGUGGACGGUUUCAUCCAAUCACUCUCCUCCACGGAUCCGUUAUUAGAGAUUCCUCCAUCGGUGGAGCCGUUUCCGGAGACGGUCGAUUCAUUGGUGUCAAAGAUGGAAUCUUCCGGUCUGGGGCGUGACGAAACAGAGGACUCUGCUUUCAUCCUCGCCGUUAACCGGAUCUCGAAAUCGGUUAUGACGUUGAGAGAGCUCCGGUUAGAUUCGACCCCGGUUUCCUCGUGGCUAAACCGGGCGAGCUCGGUUCAGAACCGCGCUGCGUCUCUCCUCGACGAAGAGUUUCGCCACCUCCUCGAUCGUUCCAGAGAGAAGAAAAACAAGAACCACAACAACAACGCUGGUGACGUGUCGUCCGAUUCGUCGACUCACGAAACGGACCGAUGCGUCUUGCAAGAGGAAGACACCUUCCCGGACUUCCCGCCGGAAUCGAUCUCCACCCUGAAGAAGAUCGCCGGAGCCAUGAUCUCCGCGGGCUACGAGGCGGAGUGCUGCAUGUCGUACGAGAUGUCGAGGCGGCACGCGUUCAAGGAGGAGCUGAGCGAGGUCGGGUUCGAAGGGAUCAACGUGGAGGACGUGCUGAGGAUCCCCUGGGAGUCUCUCGAGGGAGAGAUCGCCAACUGGAUCUCGAUCGUCCGCCGCUGCUCCGCCGUGCUUUUCCCCGGGGAGCUAUCUCUCUGCACCGCCGUCUUCCCCGAUGCCGCCGCGACUAGGAAACGCCUCUUCACGGGCCUCGUCUCCGCCGUGACGAUCCGUUUCCUGGAUUUCUCGGGUGCCGUGGUGCUCACGAAACGAUCCUCCGAGAAGCUUUUCAAGUUCCUUGACAUGUACGAAACGCUGAGAGACUUGAUCCCUGCGGUCGAGCAGUCUGAUUCGGAUCUGAUCGAGGAGAUUAAGCUGGCUCAGACCAGGCUGGGAGAAGCGGCGGUGACUAUAUUCGGAGAGCUUGAGAACUCGAUCAAGACCGAUCAGGGAAGGACAGCUGUCCCGAGCGGAGCUGUCCACCCGUUGACUCGUUACACCAUGAACUACCUCAAGUACGCGUGCGAGUACAAAGACACUUUAGACCAAGUGUUCCAAACCGAACCCGAACCAGAGACCAAACCGAACCAACGAGAAGACGACGAGGAGUACAAAGUCUCGGCCUUCGCUAGACAAAUGAUAAAAGUGAUGGAACUGCUCGACGCUAACCUAGAGGUUAAGUCAAGACUGUACAGAGACCCAGCGCUGAGAUCCAUAUUCCUUAUGAACAACGGGAGGUACAUUCUACAAAAGAUCAAAGGUUCCACAGAGAUAAGAGACUUGAUGGGACAAGCAUGGACGAGGAAGAGAUCAACGGAGCUUAGACAGUACCACAAGAGCUACCAGAGAGAGACUUGGGGGAAAGUGUUGCAGUGUAUGAACCAAGAAGGGAUACAGGUGAACGGGAAAGUUUCGAAGCCGGUUUUGAAAGAGAGGUUCAAGGUGUUCAAUACUAUGUUUGAUGAGAUACACAAGACGCAGAGUACUUGGAUUGUGAGUGAUGAGCAGAUGCAGUCGGAGCUAAGGGUUUCGAUCGCGGCGUUGGUGAUUCCGGCUUAUAGGUCUUUCUUUGGGAGGUAUAAGCAGCAUAUUGAUUCUGGGAGGCAUAGUGAUAAGUAUGUUAAGUAUCAGCCUGAAGAUAUUGAGACUUACAUUGAUGACUUGUUUGAUGGGAAUCCACCUUCUAUGGCACGUAAGAGGACUUGAGAGAAAAAAAACAAUGAGUGUGUGACAUAUGAUCUGGUUCCCUUUUGCUUCUUCUUAUUUUUCUUCUAUGAUUAUUUUUCAUUACGUUUCAUGUUUAUAGAACCGUUUCUUGAUCUGAGACUACCAUGGAAACUUUUUGUUACUUUCUUACUUACUGUUU